GGGCGCCCGCGGCUUACAGGGCUCCAGAGCCGGGCGCUGCGCCCCCCGUAUUCCCAGCUCUCUCUCGCCUCGGCCCCCUAUCCUGCUGCAGCCCACCUCGCCGGAGGAGAGGGACAGCCUCGUUCUCCUUUCAGCCCCCUUCUCCUCGCUGGGGUCACUAUGCCCAGCAAAACCAAGUACAACCUGGUGGACGAUGGGCACGACCUGCGGAUCCCCCUCCAUAACGAGGACGCCUUCCAGCAUGGCAUCUGCUUUGAGGCCAAGUAUAUUGGAAGCCUGGAUGUGCCAAGACCGAACAGCAGGGUGGAGAUUGUAGCUGCCAUGAGAAGGAUACGGUAUGAAUUCAAAGCCAAGAACAUCAAGAAAAAGAAAGUGAGCAUCAUGGUAUCAGUAGAUGGAGUAAAAGUGAUUCUGAAGAAAAAGAAGAAGCUUCUUUUAUUGCAGAAAAAGGAGUGGACCUGGGAUGAGAGCAAGAUGCUGGUGAUGCAAGACCCCAUCUACCGGAUAUUCUACGUCUCUCAUGAUUCUCAGGAUCUAAAGAUCUUUAGCUACAUCGCCAGAGAUGGUUCCAGCAACGUCUUCAGGUGUAAUGUCUUUAAGUCCAAAAAGAAGAGUCAAGCUAUGCGGAUUGUCCGGACGGUGGGCCAAGCCUUUGAGGUGUGCCACAAGCUGAGCCUGCAGCACACGCAGCAGAAUGCGGACGGACAAGAGGAUGGAGAGAGUGAAAAGAACAGCGAUAACUCCGGGGAUCCAGCCCGCCAACUGACUGGAGCCGAAAAGGCCUCCACAGCCACUGCAGAGGAGACCGACAUCGAUGCUGUGGACGUCCCUCUCCCAGGGAGUGACAUCCUAGAAUUCAGCCGAGGCGUGACUGACCUGGAUGCAGUGGGGAAGGAAGGAGACCCCCUCACAGACACUAAGGCCUCACUCCAUCACCAGGAGAACAUUCUGACUGCCUCACCCAAGAUGCUGCUUCCUUCUUCCUCACAGAUGCCUAGCAUCGGCACCCCGCUGUCCACCCACCACCAGAUGCAGCUCCUCCAACAGCUCCUACAGCAGCAGCAGCAACAGACCCAAGUGGCCGUGGCCCAGGUUCACUUGCUGAAGGACCAGUUGGCUGCAGAGGCUGCAGCUCGACUGGAGGCCCAGGCCCGAGUCCACCAGCUCCUGUUGCAGAACAAGGACAUGCUUCAGCACAUCUCUUUGCUGGUCAAACAAGUGCAGGAGCUUGAGCUCAAACUGUCAGGACAUGAUGCCAUGGGUUCCCAAGACAGCUUGCUGGAAAUCACCUUUCGCUCUGGCGUCCUCCCCGUGCUCUGCGACCCUACAACCCCCAAGUCCGAGGACCUCCACCUGCCCCCGCUAGGCCCCAGCUCGGCUGACUUCGCUCACUCAGUGGGCAGCCCCUUAGUUGACCAAAGCAUGUUUGAGAAUUCUAACACAGCACCCACCCCAAAGCUGCAGCCAAGCCGUUCCUUCCCCCAUCUGUCCAAGUCUACUGCCUCCAGCUCAACAGCCAUGGGCCCCCUGGAGCCAAGUGGGCCAGGGCUCCGGGUAGGCAGCAGCCAGCACCUCAAGAACCUGGGGAAGGCUGUGGGAGCCAAGGUUAAUGAUUUCUUGCGGAGGAAAGAGCCAGCGAAUCUCGGGAACGCUGCAGGAGUGAUGGAGAUCAACAAAAAUGCAGGAGCUACACUGUCUGCUCAAGGUGAUACUCCACCAGGAACCUGGCAAGAAGAAGAAAGGUCAGCUCUAUUGGAAGCAUUCCCCCGCCUUGAUCCGCCUCCUCCCGUGACCAAGAAGCGCACCCCUCGGGCCCUGAAGAGCCCCCAAGACAUGCUGAUUUCACCCCAGCCUGUUAUGAGCAGCCUGGAGUAUGGGGCAGAACUGUUGGCUGGACCACCCCAAGAGGCACCUUCCACGGUGCCCAGCCUGAGAGAGGUGGUCUCCGAUGACAGCCUGGGACCAGAAGGUCCCUCAGAGAUGGUGCCAGGGAGUGAGGCCCUGCCCAAUGGAGAGGGUCCUUUGUCGGUGCCAGAUCUCAUCCACAAGGACACUCAGAGUGAUUUCAAGCUGAGGACGGCCGAGUGGAGAAGGGCCUCCUCCCCGAGCCUUAGUGAAAGAAAUGGCCUUAAACUCAAUCUGGGUCCUACUGGCCUGACCGAGCCCCAGGAAGAUGGCAGCCCCCCAUCUCGGGCAAGGACAACCAGCCUUGACAAUGAGGGACCUCACCCAGACCUACUGUCCUUUGAGUAGAUCUUCCAUCCCCUCGCCCCAAAAGGAGCACCACAGUCCCUCCUCUAAUCUGGGAAAAGAAGUCCCUGCCUUGUUUUCCCACUGUCCAGGGAGGUCCUUUCUCAGGCUCCCUCUCCCCCUUUAACCACCACACUUGAAGGCACUAUCAGGUUUCUAGGUCGAGGUCCUGCCUUGGCCCAGGAGCUUCUAGACCUGAGUAGCCUCCUAGUAGUAGCUUUGCUUGUGUCUAGAUGGUUUUUCUCUCCUGGGGAGGUGGGGGGGGAAGGGGAGGUUAACUCCUAUCACAUUGUAGUCCCCCUCACUUCCUUGGUGUCUCCCCAGUGCUGUUCCAUGCUCAUUCAUCCUCUGUCGCACUCAUACACAGUUGGAACGAUGGUGCAGGUCAGAUUUCACUUUGAUUUAUCAGUGAUAUUUAAUAAAAAGUCCUCUUGAUGCUGGCAGUAACCCUCAGGAACAUGCUGGCCACACUUCAUUGUUCUGAUGAAUACACAAGCCCUCAGGUGAUGAGACCAGUCUAACCAGAAUCUCUAGAAUUCUGUCUCUGGAAUGUGGCUCACUUCUUUGCUGGAGACUUGGGUUCUUCUCCCUCCACCCCCUUCUGGUGGUGGGGCCUCCCAUUUCCUACCUGGAUCUCCAUGGACAGCCUGGGAAUUCCCUCAGGGCUCAGUCCAUCUUGAGAGAGGGGUCUCUCGAUGGGUUAAGGCUGGGAAUUUGCAAUCACAUCAAUGCAGGCAAUGACUGGUCUGGCUUGAUGAUGGCUGUGUUUGCCUUGAAAGCCAUGUACUGUAGCCUGAACCCCAGCAAAAAGAUGGCCUUAGGUGUGGAUCUGUGGGGAGCCCACAGUCCACUCUCCACUCAUCAUCUCUGUUCUCUUUGUUCAGGUAGGAAGAGAGGGAAGCUGGGAAAGCUGUUUGCUAAGUUUGAGCACCAGCCUCUGAGCUGCCUGCCCUAUUUAGCUCACCCCUCUUCACAAGGGGACAGCAAGUUGUUGACUGAGGUCUUCCUGGAGUCAAAUAUUGAAGUAGGCCCUGAAAAUGGCCCUAACUGAGCCUGCUCAGUUUCUUCCCUUCUUCCUCCCUUGUGGGCCCUUCCAAUUUGGGCAAGAUGAUUAAUUGGAAAGUUUAUGCCACUAGCUAUCCUUUAAGCUCUCAUCAUGAGGGAAGACAGCACCUACCUCCCCAAGUGAAUGAAGGCAGAGCUGAGCAGGCCCCAGCAGAAAAUAUCACAGGAAUGAGAUCUUUUUUAAUUCCUUUUACAGUGCAAAAGUUGGCAUUCAAGGAACUGACUUGGUAAGGUCCUGUGAUGGCCAAACCCUUUGAGCUAUGUGUUCCCAAAGCUGGUGGGAAGAAUGGAGUUGGUUUCUAGCAUCCAGAACAAUGGAAGGAGUGUCAGGAAAGCUUUCUAGCAUUUUUGGAAUUGGCCUGAUAUUGAUAUCACAUGCGAAAAGGAUACAAAAUGAGUCUAAGUAAAUGUAUACGCAUAUAUUUUGAGAAUCAAAGGUGAGGGUACAGUAUGUGAGAGAAGGAUUGGAGUGAGAUGUGAGAGAGAUGGGAAGUCAUUAAUAGUGUGGUUUUAUCCCCUGCCAAACCACUUUUAACCAAGGAGUAGGUCCUGUGGCAAAUGCUGG